AGUUCGGUCUGUCCUCCAAGACCAACAUACACUAAAAUGUAGGCUGGAUGUGGUCAUCUGCGGGAUAAAUUAAUUAUGAACUCUUAAAUAUGCGGUCUUUAACAUUGUCAUUAACGUGCUCUUAGGUUUGGGCCACCUUAGCAGACGCGGAACUUUUAUGUUCAUGUGAUCGGCUACCGGGAACUGAAUAACACCCGCAGUGAUUGGUUGCCCAUUUCCAGCGGGCCACUGACAAUGCGCGAUGUUGCAACAUACGGUGAAUGGAGUUUGGUAUGGGGAAGGUGGGCCGGAACCCAAUGAAAGCAUAAAAUAACUUUAUAAACACGAGACAUUCUGCAGAUCUGGAAACCCAGAGCAAAACACAAAUUGCUGGAGGAGUUCAGCCCGUCAGCAGAUCUACAGAAGUGAAUGAACUGUUGACGAUUCGGGCGACACCCUACUUCAGGAUAAAGUUAUAAAUAACUUUGACUAAAAGGUGGUAUUGCCCCAUACUCUGGGGUAAUAGACCAUCUUGUUAAGUUGCAGAGGUGCAUUUUGUGAAGGACUCUACUGGUCACAAAGCACACUGUCUUUCUGGAUGUUCCCUACAUACUUCCCAGCUCUGGCAUUUCCCAAGAUCAGACACCACAGCUCAGAACAAUGUUCCUGGUUGGCCUGACUGGAGGGAUUGCCUCUGGGAAAAGCACAGUUGCUGCUUUGUUUCAUGAACUUGGAUGCCCUGUUAUAGAUUCCGAUCAGAUAGCAAGACAGGUUGUUGAGUUGGACUCCCCUGUGUACUGGGCAAUAGUGCGUUCCUUUGGUGAGGAGAUCCUGCUGGAGGACAGAACCAUCAACAGGGAGAAACUGGGCAGCAUCAUUUUCUCCAACAGGCAGAAACGGCUGCUCCUGAAUUCCAUCACUCAUCCGGCAAUCCACAAAGCCUUGCUCAAACAAGUUUUUAUAUAUUUUAUUCAAGGGUAUCGAUAUGUUAUUCUUGAUGUCCCACUCUUGUUUGAAACAAAUAAGAUGGCUAAAUUUAUGAAGCAUACUAUAGUUGUUUACUGUGACCCCCAGGCCCAGCUGACCCGAUUGAUGAAGAGAAAUAACCUAAUCCAGGCUGAAGCAGAGCGGCGCAUCAGUGUUCAGAUGCCAUUGGAACAGAAGUGCAAGCUGGCGACCCAUGUGAUCGAUAACUCUGGGGAUCCUGCCAGUACAUACCGGCAGGUUUGCAAACUGCACUCUCAGUUUGAAGACUCUAUGGAUUUUUUAGCAGUAAGGUUGUUUGCUGUGGUCACCCUUACUGCUUUUGGAGGCCUUCUGUACAUGUUCAUUAAAAAAUUUAUUUUUUAAAGUCCGCUGUGAACAAGAUCAAAUUAGGACAAACAUUUUGUCUUACCAUAAAAUGAGCCCAAUGUAAGAGGGAAUAGUAAACAGGGUAUGGAUGUACUGCUAGUGAACAAUCUUGGUUUAAACCCAUUUUUCUUUAUUAUCUUCCUUCCUCUUUCAUUGAUAUGAGAUUGAAAAGAUCUCGUGCAAAUUAUCAAUAGUCAGUCUUCUGCUUUGUCAACUUCUCAGAACUAAAUUGUAGCAUUCAAGUGAUGACAUUUCCAGAGCAUUGAGAUGGCCACAGCAUUAAACCAAGUAUAUAGCCUUUAUUUGAAUAUCAAGGACUCAUUCAUGGAUACACUUUACUUCAAUGUUUAAUCAGAGUGAGCACAUGAGAAAUGUUUGUGAAAGUUGUCCUCUGUGCCCUGCAGAUACCCAAAACUGUUGAUAUUUCUUUAAAGAGUCACAAUUAAAUCCAAACUAGACCAAUGCCAUUAUACAAAACUGAUGUCCUAUUACCUGUUUCUUCCUCAGUAAUAUGCGGCACAGUCAAGGUGCAAGGUGAUAUGGUGUGUGGGUUGUGACAUCAGCAUAUCUAUUGCUCAGUGCUGUGACUUGGGACAGUUGGAACCCCACUGUUGUUCUUUUAAUAAUGUCCUGCAUGUUGGAAUCACUUUAUUUGAGCAGGUGAGGUGGGUGAGUGUGCAUGGUGGUAGUUAAUAUAUGUUUUGUGGCUUAGGCAGUGGGGCAGAUUUAGCAUCUUGAUCAAGGAAAGUAAUGUGACUCAAGACUGAUUUAUACUUCUGCGUCAAAUCGACACCAUAGGUAUGGCGUCGCCGUGCACCCUGCGCAGAGCCUACACAGAUCCCUACGCCGUAGCCUGACGCGCACCUCUCCCAAAAUGUAACUGUGUGUCGCGGCAACACAGACUACAACAACUGUGAUUGGUCUGCUUGGUAGUAUCGCAUUUCCUCCUACGCUGCAAUAGCUUCCCAUUGGGCGACUGAAGGGCAGGGAAGGAACUCUGGCUGCAAUGCUUUCCAUAAAGCUUUACAGACCUCCGAAAUUAUGGACACAUUGCGCUUUUACAGAAAAAGACGCUGGCUUUAAACUUGUUUACCCCGAGAAGGACCACCAUGACCAUGAAGCCUUGCGUGGGCAGGUGUGUGCGCAUGCGCGAUGUGCCCAAAUUGCAGAGCGACGCAGACACACCAACGCACAAGUAUAAAUGCUCACAACGCGCAUAGGCCACUUGUGUAGGCUACGGCAUCGAGUUGACGCAGAAGUAUAAAUCAGCCUUUAGAUGUAUGGGACCAGUAGUUUGUUCAAUUCCAUUGGUGGCAUUGCAUAAUGUAGCAGCAUCCACUUGCGGUCUAAUUACCAUGUGAGAUCAUCUUGAAGACUUUUUUUUUGAUUUCUUAUUCAAUUCAAUGAUAUGGAUUUUGCCUCCUAACUUUCUUGCAUCAAAGGAAACACAUAUGAUGCAAAAUUGAACAGUGGUGGUAAUGGAGCAAGUGCAAAACAGGCUGCCAAUCUGUUGUUUUUUUUGGUUAUUUCUAAAUUUAAAGUUGAUCUAGAUUGGAUGAAGUGUCAACUGGUUUGCAAAUAUGCUAUUGUUUACACUUGUCAAAGACCAGAUACUUCAUCGACAUUUGCAAAAGGAGCAGAUGUCAUUUAAACAAUACUGAGUUUCUGCUGUCAUGGCUUUCCACUCAUGUACCCAACCAAGUAACCAAUCUCACGCUGAGCCUUAACAGUGAUAGAGUGCAGACUAGGUUAUAUUGGGUGGGGGUGAUGAGAAGGCUGCUACACACUUUACACACUCAUUGUAUUUUCCUGUCAGCAAUUGAAAUUACUCAAUAAAGAAUUGUUUCCUCCUCCCCAUCUCACUAUCAAUCUAUUGGAUUUGGCAUAGUUGUUACUAUUUUUAGUGGCAAGUGAAAUUGCCUAAAUUGCUACAUACUUGCUCAACUUUUUCUGAGAAUAUUUUGUAGCUCCAGAAUAAUAAGAUUGUAAUAAUUUGUUUCAAUGUUCAUGAGAAGAUGAGAUAAAAAUUCAUUUGGGGGCCAAAGUGAGUGUCCUGUGUUGCAAUACACUCAAAUGAACUCUCUCCCCCAGGGAAGAUGAAUGCCCUUGCCACCUCAAUUUUGGCUGCAUUCUCAGUUCAGGAUAAAUGACAGAAAUUAAAAUCAAACAUUGGUGCCAUGAAGGUUCACUUUGUGUCCAUCUAAUUUAAGCCUCAGGAUGCCCCGAGCAUAUAGAGAUGUGGAUAAGACUCCCACAUGUGCAUUCUGUGUAGUUGUUCAAAUAGGAAGCUUGUAAUUGAGUUGCUUUACUUGAACUUUGUAAAUGUGUCUAACACGUAUAAAUAAAACAACAUUGUCUGUCUUUGAAUUAGUUUGAAAACAAUGUUAUUUAAGGUUGAUUGUUCUGUUGAAAUUAUUUUCUACUUUGCUGAUCUGAUAGUUUUACCAGCACUAAUCUUUAAGAACCUGUCUUCUGCAUUUUGUGUCAGUAUGAGUAUAAUCUUCAAAAAGUGUGAGACUAAUAACAUAUGACAUUUUCUGUCAUUUGGUGUGUCAGUAAGGCAUUGCCUGAUUCUUCAGAAUCUUUUUUCUGUAGAAAGAGCAGUUAUAUUUUCCAAUCAAAAAUAAAAAA